AGGUAUGUGAUGACGCUAAGUUUGCACACGUUGGAGUAUUUGUUUAAAAUGGCAUUUUAAACUUUAUUUUCGAGGAACAGUACAAAACAACGUUCUGAACAGUUUUAGCAAGGCUUAAGUCUUGCUAAAAAUAAAGCACUUCACUAUUUAGUACUGAAAAAAACAAUUUAGUGUUGAUUCUGAGGAGUCACUUGAGUGGUAAUAUUGGGGGAAAGCAGACAUGCUAGUGAUAAUUUUCGGGAAAAGUAAACAAAUUGGUGCUAAUGUUGGUGAGUAUACUCAACAUUUCCCUUCGAUAAUGUGGUUGUGGAAAAAGUACGUACGCCCUAUUUAUCUCAGAUAGGGGAAGAGGCGGUAUUAUAAUGCAUUAACGAUUAUUCACACUGGAUUUUUCGCAAAAUUUCCCCUUUUUUGUUUGCUCGUUCAACCCAUGUGUUGUAUAACAUGAUUUAGAAGCAACCAACUCUCAACCCAGUAUUGUGUUACGCCCCUUCCCUCAAACCUUAAGAUGCUCCGUGGUACUCCACUCAAAGUAUUUCAUCCACGUUGUCUACACCUGCCUAAGUAUUGGUGGUGAUAUUGUUACGUGAUUUAAAGGUAGCAGUGUGUUGUGACUUUCAACCACUAAGUUGCAGGUACUAACCUUGGUCUGCCUACCUCUAUUUGGACAUCCAGGUAUAAUCACUCUCCCUUAUGCUUAUAAUGUAGCUCAAACCUGGUUACGCGAGCGUGCAUGUAGUUGCUUAGCAAAAUAUGACUGUUUCUUGUCGUUCGUGAGACAUUGAACCUUUGCUCGUGCAUAAACUUUCUAGCUUUGAUUCUUUUCUAGGUUAUUGAUACUUUUGGUGGGACAUUUUCAUUGUUUUUGUCAAUCGCGUAGUCAAAUGGUUUUGUGGAUAGACAAAUAUAAAAUCCUACAGAGUGAUUUGUUCCUUGGACGUGUUGCUUUGUUAUCUUUAGUUGUACAAAAUGCCGCUGUUGUCCUUGUGACUCGAUAUUCUCGUGCUAGAAAAGGAGAUUUGUAUUUUCCUACAACAGCAGUGGUGAUGAGUGAAUUAGUGAAACUUUUAGUCUGUUUUCUACUUGUUUUUUUCGAAGAGAAAUGUUCUUUUGUCUCUUGUAUACACAGUUUAUGGGAAAAUAUAUUGAAAGAUCCGAAGGAUUGUCUUUUAGUCUCCGUCCCCGGAAUGAUCUACACAAUUCAAAACAACUUACUAUUCGUUGGUUAUUCAAAUUUAGAUGCUGUUUCUUUUCAGAUAUCAUAUCAAUUGAAGAUUUUCACAACAGCGAUCUUCUUUAGAAUAAUCUUAUCGAAACAUUUAAGUCGGAUACAAUGGUGCUCCUUGGGUGUUCUGUUCACCGGUGUUGUAUUAACACAACUAAGUGAUGUAGUGAAUUCUAGUUCUGAGAAAACUACAAAUAUUGCAGAAAAUAAUAAUCUACUUGUCGGUCUUUCUUCUGUUAUAUUAGCUUGUAGUUGUUCGGGUUUUGCUGGUGUUUUCUUUGAGAGAUUAUUAAAGGGUAGUCAUAAAAGUGUAGCUAUACGUAAUAUACAGUUGGCAUUCUACGGUGUUACAGCCGGUAUCCUGACAGUCUAUUUGAAAGAUGGUAAAGAAAUUGCUAUUAAAGGUUUCUUUUUUGGUUACGACUCUGUUGUAUGGGCAGCAAUAUUGAUUCAAUCAUUAGGUGGUUUACUGAUCGCUGCAACUAUUCGUUAUGCUGAUAAUAUACGAAAAGGAUUUGCCACGUCAUUGGCUAUUGUGCUUACUUUUAUUUUAUCGACAUUCUGGUUUGAUUUUAAUCCGACUGUUUUAUUUUAUGUUGGUGCUAUCUUAGUGGUUGUUGCAACUAUUUUGUAUUCAUCUUACCCGCCUUCAAAUAAUCACGGUACUACUACUAACAAUAAGAUAAGUAGCGUGAAUUCGUUCCAAAAUUCUUCAUCGGAGUCGAACUUCAGACAUAAGUUAUCUGUCUAGUUGUUUCAAUUUUUGCUAUUGAGUCUUUAGUAACUGAUUUGAUUUUCGCGUUCGCCUGCCUCUUAAAAAUUGUCGAAAUACGUUGCUGUCAGUUGAAAAUUACUCCGAAUACUUGGAGUUUUUAGGACAUUAACUUUGCAAUACUUUUGUCCAUUUGGUUCUUUCGCAUUUUUCCCACUUGUCUGUGAUAGUUACGAUGUAAAAUCUAGCUACUUUUUUUGUUCUUUGUAUUGAAAAAGAUUGUCACGUUCAAAAAAUUCAGAUUUUUUCCCACCUUUUUGGAAAUAAAAGUUUCGGUGUUUUGCG